UUCCAUUUCCUUCUCCUUCGCAAGUGCUCGCUCGCAUUGUGCUCCUGCCCAAUUGGACUGUUGUAUUUCUCUUCUACAUCUGCUUCAUAUUAUUUUCGUUGUUCAGGCGGCUAUUCUUCUGGCUUCAAGAUUAACACUCGCCAUUCUAAGUUACGAAGCCCUCAUGUGCCCCACUGCUUGCAGACUUUGAUUUAGCCAUGGCAUCCCUGAGAGUAUGCACCACCCAAACAAUUCUGUGGAAGCAACUACCAGCUCCAUGUUCUGAAUUUAUUGCGGCUAAGAAAUCUGCAACCUCAACCUCAAAGGCAGGGCGGAGAUUUGGCAGGCACAAGGUCAGCUCAAGAAGAUGUGGUAACGUAUUGGCUAAGGCUGUCGUGGCUACAAGACCUUGCGAACCGCGGACAUCAUCAGCUGCGCCCUUGCUUAAGCCAGUUUGUUUAUAUGACUUCCAACCCUUCGUCCCUGUCCAUUUCUCGUCCCAACGACCGUCUUCAGCAUUGAUUUAUACCGAUACAAGGAGGCAGGUAUCCUCAGUCAUUCGGCCACAGCUCGACCCCAACCCAGAUGUGACACCUUCCAUCGACCCGCAGCCAUCGGUGCCGGACCCAAGUCUACCUACUCCCUCCGAGUCUCCUACUCCGGUCACAUUUCCAGAGUUUCGUCCCGACACCGCCCCUUCAGAAGCUCCAGAUCCAAGCUCUCCCGGCACUAAAGUUCCUGAAGUCCCCACCGAGGUACCACCAUCUCCAUUUCCUGAGAUGGAACCUCCAACCAAAGGUCCAGAGUUCCCAAUUCCAGGUCCUUCAGAGCUUCCCUCUUCCCGACCUUCGGAGAUGCCCGUCCCUUCGGUGCCAGUAGAGCUGCCAUCUCCUUCGCCUUCACCUGGUAUUUCACCAUCGCCAUCAGAAUUUCCUUCUCCGUCGCAAGUGCCACCUGAGUUCAACCCCAGGAUGACGAUGUUCACCGUCAGCGAUGAAGUCCCUCGAGGCCCACCCAUCCGACCUCCGAAUUCCGCCAUUAUCCCACCACCUGGUGUGCCUGUGCCCACUCCUCCCCCUCAGUCCCAGCCUGUGCUGCCGCCAGACGCAGCGCCUUCUAUUCCGAUUCCGAAUGUACAGAUUAGGCCCCCAGGGGAAGCGCCCUUGCCACCACCAGUGACUCCUCCGCAGACUCCAUCACCAGGGCCAUCAGGAAUUCCAGGGCCAGCCCCACCUCCAUUUCCAGGCGACACCCCGACUCCCAUGCCAACGCCAGGCCCCGGCCCUGGUCCUGGCAGCCCCCCUGGCCCUCCCACACCUGGCGACGUGCCGGGUGGAGUGCCCGACUUUCCUGGCCCAGGCAUCCCUUUGUAAUUGAGUUAGUCUGGCACGAAAGCUCACACAUGAUACAUUUUGUACUAUUCUUGACAUUUUAGUAUUAUGGUUUCAUCUUGUACAUCUUUCAAGUCUUUUUAGCCAAUUUCUCUGCUCCUUGUGUGCUCCGUGUCCUUGAUAGACUCCAACUAUUCUUGCUUGUGUUGCAUCUGUUCAGAAUCCCACGCUGCUUCCAAUCACUUAAGGUGAUAGCAAGAAGGUAGGUAGAGCAUCAAUAUCCUGGAGUGCAGUAAUAGUUAUUCUGAUCCGAUUUAAAGUGGUUUGCACAUUCUUCAGCUUAUUUCAUCAGAAUGCAGGUGCACGAAGCCCUUGAAUUCUUCAUGGGGCGCUUUACUGUUAGAGCUGCUACAAUAUCCCACCAUGGCCACUACCGUAACAUUUGUUACAAUGUUGCCGAAAUCUGUCUGGGCAGUAGUGUCUAGCUUUUACACGACCCUUGAAUCAUGACCUAUGGGUUGAAGUCGUAGCCUGAUUUUUCAAGCUGAAAAUUAGUUUUUGUUCCAGUACCCUCGAUGUAAUUGUAUUUCUUAACAUUCCCAGAGAUGCUCAAAAGUUUGCAAGAGUAUCACAAA